CCCUUUCUUGUGUCGUCGGCCGGAUGUUUCCAGGGCCCGCGCGAAUAUGGAUUUCAGCGAAUUCGAACGGGACAACUCGGUGAAUUGUUUGUUGGCCUCGGCGGUGCCUCCUGUUUGCCGGACUGAGCCUUGUGCUCUGGGCAUCGAUGAGGCAGGCAGGGGACCAGUAUUGGGUCCCAUGGUCUACGGGAUCUGUUUCUGUCCUGUGUCUCGGCAGGGAGACCUAGAGACAUUGAAAGUAGCAGAUUCUAAAACUCUGACAGAAGCUCAGCGGGAAGAACUCUUUGAGAAACUAGAUGCAGCUAAGGAUUUUGUAGGCUGGGCCCUCCACAUCCUCUCCCCCAACUUCAUCUCAACUAGCAUGCAGAGGCGGACGAAGUACAACUUGAAUGCACUAUCACAUGAUACAGCCAUUGGCCUAAUCCAGCAUGCACUAGAUUCUGGAGUGCACGUUGCAGAGGUUUUUGUAGACACAGUGGGACCAGCAGAGAAAUACCAAGAAAAGCUGAAGCAGCAGUUUCCUGAUAUGGAGGUUACAGUGAAGGCCAAGGCAGACUCUCUCUUCGCUGCUGUAAGUGCAGCCAGCAUCUGUGCCAAGGUAGCAAGGGACCGGAUUGUAAAGAAUUGGAAAUUCUUGGAAAACCUAGAAGAUGUGGAAUUGGAUUAUGGCUCUGGCUAUCCCAAUGAUCCCAAGACUAAAGAAUGGCUCAUUCAAAGCCUGGACCCAGUCUUUGGCUAUUCACAGUUUGUACGAUUUAGCUGGAGCACAGCUCAGAUCAUUCUGGAGAGCAAAGCUGUGCCUGUUCAUUGGGAUGAUACUGAAGAUGACCCGUCCCAGCACAGUGCAAAGUCCUUGCUGAGCUACUUUGCCCGGAAGCGAACACCCCAUCGCUUCUUUUACGAACGCAAACUUGAGACGGUGACCAGCCUGUAGUCGGUAGCAGGUGGUUUUCUUCUUGCUGAAGAUCCUCUUACUUCGGCUUCCCGGGAAACUUUCCUGAUGUGACAUUUAGUUUUUGAUUGGCAGUCGCAAAUCCUUUGAGUCAUAGCUACAAAAUAGUGUGAAACCCGAAGGUUCAAGUGAAAGGUACAAAUUUUAACAGAGAAAGAAUCUGGUAAAUUUUCUUCCUGGAGGCCCUCCUAACCUUGUGAUUAAUUCCUUUUUAAUUAAUAAAUUAACAAAAACCAGUUGCUAGACUUCUUGUUUGAUGUACAUUAAUAGAUGAUGCUUAAUUAAAGCUGAUCUUAAGGGACUGAGAUGCACGAAUGCCAGGAAAAGCUGCAAGUGAAAGAUCACACUUUUCUUAAAUGGCCUCUCAUUGCAAGGCAAAGACUCCUUGUCCCCUGCCUGAAAGAGAAGAUGAUUGGUCCACUCCAGUUGCUGUCAUUUUGAACCUCAACGUGGCAUGGGAUCAGUUUUGUGCUGCUAAUCUGGAAGUGAAUUUGGUUUGUCCUGAUAUAUGAGGCUGGGCUGCUUAAUGAAAUUAAUGAAAUUUUACUUCUGUUACGGUAGAAAUAAAAUCACUGCCAGGAAAGCCUGCUUAGAUAAGAA